GGUAAAAUUCUGUACAAAGUACGGUGGAAAGGAUACACCUCUGAUGAUGAUACCUGGGAACCAGAGAUUCAUUUGGAAGACUGCAAGGAAGUGCUGCUUGAAUUCAGAAAAAAACUUGUGGACACUAAGCCUAAGCCUGCUAAAAAAGACCUACAGGUGUGUAAACUGUCUCUAAAUGAUGAUGUAUUUGAAGCAGAAUCUGACAGUGACUGGCAAAGUGAAACAAAAGGUAAUGUUUCACCAAAGAGGAAAAAGAGGAAACCAAAAGAUGUAGAGGAUAAAAUUGCAGAUGAUCCGAAGAAGAAAAAGUCUAAGCCUGCAAAACUCAAAGAAAAACCCAGAACAGAAUGUGAUGACAAUUCCUCAGAGAGUUUGGUUGCAGAUUCAAAACAAAAAAAAAGGACUUCAGAAACCAAGGAGGAUUCAAAGGACCCAAAGAAGCAAAAGAAAGAAGAUACUAAAGAAAUUAAGAAAAAGAAGGGAGACGGUAAAGAUUUAAAAAUAAAAUCUAAAGAAGAAUCUAAAGAAAAUAAAAAAUCACGGCAGGAGAAUCAAGGGGAUGUUCAGUUUGACUUAAAUUCUCUGAAGCACUUGAUUCUGUUUUCUCAAGGAACUGCUAAUGAAAAUUCAGACUUAAAUGCUGAAAAUAAGGACGAAAACCAAAAGUUAGUAAGUGGAGAGGAGAGACUGGAACAAGAAACUGCGGAGGAAGAUGGUGCUGCUGACAGGCAGCUUGAUGGAUCCGCAGGUCAGGAAAAAGUGAAAAUGGUACCGGGAGAGUUGGAGAAUGUGUCGCCUGCGCCUUCACCGGUGCACAAGGGUGUGAAAGUGAGCGCCGAGGAAAGAGGGCGCAAGUCCACCGAUUCCGUGGGGGAGGAGAAAGAAGUAAAGAAAACAGAAACAAAAGAAAAACCUCAAAAAAAAGAAGCUGAAAAAGAAGAAAAGAGCAGAAAAGAACAAAAGGGCCUAAAAAAUGGCAAGCAGCAAGUUUUGAGUUUGGGUAUGGACAUGCAGUUAGAAUGGCUGACGCUGGAAGAGUUUCAGAAGCAUCUUGACGGAGAAGAUGAGAAUCACAUAUCAACGGAACCGAUAUCAAGCACUCUACUGAGGGAUGCUGUGAAAAGUGGAGAUUAUAUGACAGUAAAGAUGGCACUUUCUUCAAAGGAGGAAUACAACCUGGAUCAAGAGGAUUCAAAUGGAGUGACCCUAGUAAUGCUUGCUGCGGCUGGUGGGCACGAUGACCUUCUCCGGGUCCUCAUCAGGAAAGGAGCUAACGUUAAUGGCAGGGAAAAAAAAAACGGGACAACCGCCUUGAUCUGCGCAGCCGAGAAGAAUUUCCUAACCACAGUCGCUAUUCUUCUGGAAGCUGGCGCGUACGUGAACAUGCAGCAGAGCAGCGGGGAAACGGCUUUAAUGAAGGCCUGUAAAAGAGGGAAUUGCGAUAUAGUGCGGCUUAUGAUCGAAAGCGGCGCAGACUGUAACAUCCUGUCCAAGCAUCAGAACAGCGCGCUGCAUUUCGCCAAACAGUGCAAUAACGUGCUGGUGUACGAGCAGCUCAAGAGUCACCUGGAAACGCUCUCGAGAGUAGCAGAAGAUACCAUCAGGGAAUAUUUCGAAGCUCGACUGAUUUUGCUGGAGCCAGUCUUUCCGAUUGCCUGUCAUCGUCUCUGUGAAGGGCCAGACUUUGCUACGGAUUUUACCUAUAAACCCCCCCAGAACGUGACAGAAGGAUCUGGAGUUCUUCUCUUUGUUUUCCAUGCAAAUUUCUUUGGUAAAGAAGUCAUUGCUCGGCUCUGCGGACCGUGCAGUGUUCAAGCCGUGGUUUUAAACGACAAGUUCCAGCUCCCUGUGUUUUUGGACAGUCACUUUAUUUAUUCCUUCAACCCCACUGCAGGCCUUAACAAGCUGUUCAUACGGUUGGCAGAAGUUCCCACUGCCAAGGUGAAGCUGCUGAUCGGCGCGUACCGCGUGCAGUUGCAGUGA